CAACAUAAUCACCCCUUGUAAAUUUUAUUUGGCUGGAUGUGGAGCGUGGACUAAACACUAUCGAGAAAAGCUUGUAGACUGCAGCCCAAUUAAUUGAUGAAAACGCUGUCGUAUAAGCCAUAAUUCACCCACCAAACAAUUUUGAAAAACCGAUGAAAUCACUAAUCAGCUCUCAUCAUCGCCCAAGAUAAUUUUCAAGAUUAAAUUCAGAUCUUUGCAAGGGGAAAUUUUUGGCAAUAGUGAGAUUGAAGUUCGUAAUGGUUUACCACUCUAGUUUUGUUGACGAGGAAGGAGUAACAAAAGCUUGUGGAUGUCCACUACUUCCAUUGAAAAGCCAUAUCAAGGGCCCUGCACCAGUUUCUGAUCAAGAAAGCACAGAUAUUGUUGAUGAAUCAAUCACCUUUUGCGCCAAUGUCUUCUUCAGAAAUUUUGACAUAAAGAGCUCUGCUGAUAAAUUGCUUAUAUACUUGACAUACUACAUUAACAUUGCUUUGAAAAGGCUUGAGGGAUGCAGAACAUUGGCCGAAGGUACCAAGGCAAUUAUUAAUCUGGGUCUCGAGGAUGUUCCGGUCCCUGGAGAGCCUGGUUUCCCCUUCCCUGGUCUCUUUUCCCCUCCUAAAUCGCAUCAGGAAGCAGAGUUAUUCAGAAAUUACCUGAAGCAGAUCAGAGAAGAGACAAGCGGGAGGUUACUGAGUGUUGCUUAUCGACCUAAUGGAACUCCAAAUAAAUGGUGGUUGGCAUUUUCGAAGAGGAAAUUCGUUAAUAUCAUCGCUCUAUAAUCGGCUGCUUGCUCUAUCUUUCCGGAAGAAAAACAUCAAAUGGGUCUGCUUUAUAUGCCCUCCAGAGUUCAUUCUAUUGCCUGUAAUUGCCUUUUAUUCCUUUAUAUAUUCUUUGACUGAGCAACUGAAUAGAUGAAUAGCUGUUCAGUGUUUCAUAGAACUCAACAGUACUAUCUCUGUGUGUAUGUAUUUGAGAUCAAUUGUAGUCUUGCGGACAAACUUUUUGUUGAGAACGUAGAGAAAACAUGUUAAGAAAAAUGUAAGUAAUCAAAGAAAAUAUUUGAAUCAAAGAUUACAAUUUUAUCGUA